ACAGAAAAGGAAAAAUACCAUUAAACUUAGUUCAAUGCAUUUUAAAUAUAAUAUCAAAAUGUAACACAAUGGCUGAUGAUCAUCGACGAUAUGUUGUCAAUAAGAUAUUGGGGUAUCUUUAAAAGGAUACAGUUCCAGUAUGAAAGUCACGCGGAUGCAGUGGUCCGCUGGUAACACUGUCUUACCACAAAACCAGGAGACUUGACCUCUAUUCCGCGCUCCUCCAACUAAAAUUACUAACAUUAGAAUAUGAGUCCCGUGUAUGGGUGCUUUUAACCUAGCAAGCUAAAGAACCAGGAAAUCUACAAAAUUUUGGACGCUUUCGGUAUCUUGAACUCUCCUCCAACUAAAAAAUAAAAACAGUUCUCUGGAAGGGUUGUCGAUGUUUUCCGGUGGUUACGUUAAACAAAUUAACAAACACAAUAAUGUGGCUCGCCACACAUUGUGAGUUCAUCAAAUAAAUAAACGUGAUAUAGGUUUUCCCAAUAAUUGCUUGCAAAUCUUUUUGUAAUCUAUUUAUUAACUGAAUUACUACUAUUCAUAUAUAUUCUACUUCGUUUCGUUCUAAGUCGUAUUUUUUAAAAAUGCAUUCAGAUCAAAGUACUAAAUAUACACAUUCAUUUUGUAUAGACACCACUCGGCAGUAGAAUUACAACACUUUCGCACGAAUUGUCUGAUUCACGGGCAAGAACAUGUAAACACAAUUUAUUUUCUUACAUUAUUACGGCCUUUCAACAACCGAAUCGUCUCUCAUAAUAUUUUCUAAAAGGCCUAAUGGGUGCUUUAUAUUUAAGUUAAGCCAAUAUCAUUUAAAGCUAGAAUUCAUCUAUCUAAUAUAAAAUAAAUUGCAUGACAUUGCAUGAUUUAACGACAUGUUUGUUACUAAAUAAACUAUAUUUCUCUGUUACUGUUUAAAAGCAACUAAAAUGCAUCUAAUUAAAAAAACACGCAAAUAAUAUUUCAUAUAGGCUGAAAUUCAAUCAGGGUGUAAUCAAAUUGUACAUUCUAGAAAAAGAUGAUCAGAACGUGCAGAAUACCAUAAAAGUGUUUAAACAAAAUGAUGAUUAUAAAGCUAAUAUACACGGCAGGUAGCGGCUUCUGCAAUUUUUAUGAUAUUAUGUUGAAAAUAUUAAAUAGAGAGGUCGAUGAGUUCCCUAAAUCGCUUACCUGACUCAAUUAGGUACGAAAUUUCUUAGUAGAGAACCUAUGGCAAAUAUAUAAGCACUAGGUCUUGAGGAUUUAGAAAAAUUUAAACCCAGGGACAUAAUUUGAACGAAUGUGAUGGAGGACUUCUACACAAUGUUACAGUCUGCCCGUUUCUCAAUAGGGAGAGCGCAGAUAUACGGAUUUCGGGUCGUGAGUCAUUUUGGUCGCUUUGGCAACCAGGACUCUGCAUCUAAUGCGAUUCUUUGAACAACAUCAGUAACGGACCAUCCUAGGAAUAUUCAGGCCAAGUUUUAUCAGCUUCCAUCAUUUGGUUUCAGAGGAGAUGUUUAAGUAAAAAUGUUGACACAGAACGAUGAACGACAUACGUCUGAACAAUCAUCUAUACUAAUAGCGUGAACAGAGGUUCAGAUGAGCUCAAACACAAUGCGGUUGGUCUAGAUGUAGACACAUGAAAAGUAACAACAUUAUAACAUCAACGUUCGCCAUAUGACAGAAAUAGAUUCUAACAUUUAACGUGUAUUAAAUGUUGCGAGAAGUCACUGUUUUGGAAACAAGGUAAGUUCAUCACACAUGCAUAGAUGCAUAUGUUAUGUUUAACUUGUAGCUGCUGUUUCAUAAUCUUAGGUCAAAUGCUUUUUAGAUACCUGCAACAGAAUCUUAGGCCCUUUUUAUGCAUACUUUUUUUAAGAAAUUAAGUACUUUUUUUAAGAAAUUAAGGAGCCAAAGCUCUGGUCUGGCUGUGUGUGGCCGCAGUUAAAACACUGGGUGCACAAAUACCCGUGCUGAAAAAACAAUCCAUUGAGGUUUGUCUGGGUCAAACAUUUUUCAGAUAUACAGAAACCUAUCCGAACGGGCGGACGGACGGACAAGGGCAACUCAAUGACACCCCCACACCCGCGCCCCUUCACCCCCCCCCCCAACAAAUGCAUUGGGGGUGGAUGGACAAAAAUGCCCGUGUUACCACCUUUAGAGUUCUUUAGUAUGAUAUAGAAAUGAAAUGUUUUGUGAACUAUUUUAAGCUUUUUUUAUAGGAAAUGCGUGGAAAACAGAAUAGGUAUCAUUAAAAGGUUACUAAAUUCUAUUUAAAAAAUUAGCAUUAACACCAAAAAUUAGCAAACACAUUAAUUUUGAAAUACAGGUUUUAAUCUGGUGGGGCAAAUGAUGUUGUUGAAAAACAUUACUGGCUAUAGACGAAAAGAGAUAUUAUUAAACUAAUUCACAAUACAACGGCUGUAUCAACAUUGCAUUUCUAAACAAAUCUUCGUCGGACCAGAGAUAAGUGUAGUCGUCUCGUUUUUAGCUAUCUUUUAGCGCUGGCAGUCUUACUUUCCUGUCAAUAAUAUUUUUGUUUGUUCAUCAUUUUGCUAAUAUACGUCAUUUUUGCCGAAAUUUAAGUGUCGUACUCACAUUACAAUUUAGUAUGUUUCGCAAUAUUUUAGUGAAAUUGGCAGUUGAUAUAUGAUUUAUCGUACUUUGUCAAAUCAUAAAAUAAGUCAAAACUUUUCAUUAGUUCUAUUUGCUUGUAUAAGAGGAAUUAUGUUUUUUCACAUGGAAUCUAAGGUCAUUUAUAACGUUUUUUUAUUUUUAUUUUUUGUUGCAACUUUGCAGUUUAUGCUACAUAAUUUUUAUCACAUGUUUGACGUCGUGGGAAUGUAAUAAAGCCAUUACAUAAAAAUGAUAAUACACUAGUGUAAUAAAGCUUUGACGUCGACGUCGUUUACAGUAUAGGAGACGCUGGUCAAAUUGACUUGUUUAUAUAGUAAAAGAAAGUAGGAUUUUAGAUGUUUCGACAGGAAAGGCUAACAUGUGAUAAAAAGAAUUAUACAUUUGUGAUUUUCCAAAUUGAAUUUAUUAAACUCGUUGAAUAAAAUUGAUAAAUUGCUCGACAGAGCCUCGCAUUGUAUUAUUUUAUUCAACUCGUUUAAUACAUUCAAUAUGAAAAGAGACGCAUGUAAAAUCCUAUAACAUAUUUUAAUCUGCGUUUCAAAAAUUGCUUAUACGUCAAGAUUUUCAUCACUUGAUUAAUAAUGAGCUCACGCAAAGUUUUUUUUAUUUGUUUAUUUUGCGAUUUUGUCAUUUUUCACUUUUACAUGUAUUAAUCCCCUUCUGGUUGAAAACCAGUUUUGGGGACUAAAGGAAUGCAGUUUUCCGUCUGUCAUUCUGUCAUUUCGUCCGUCCGUCCACAAUUUCGUGUCCGGUCAUUAACUCAUUCAUCAAGGGAUUUUACUUUUACUUGGCACAAAUGUUCCCCAUGAUAAGACAACGUGUAAUGCACAAAACCCGAACCCCUAGCUUAAAGACCAAGGUCACACUUGGUCAAACAUGGUCAAAUGUCAACAGACGUUUUUGUCCGAUCUGUAACUCAACAAUCCAUGAAGGGAUUUUAAUAUUACUUGACAAAAUGUACCCCAUAAUAAGACAUUGUGUCAUGUACAACUUUCAGACCCCUAGUUCAAAGGUCAGGUCAAAAUUUGCAGUCAAAUGUAACAUGGCACGAGCAUGGUAUGUUUCGUGUCCGGUCCAGAGCUCUGUCAUCCAUCAAAUGAUUACAAUAGUACUUGGUAUAUAUGUUCACAAUAACUAGACGUCGUAUCUUGCCUAUCACCCAGGCCCGUAGCUCAAAGGUCCAGGUCACGCUUGGAGAUCAAAAGUCUAUAGGGUUAUUUUCCUGUCUGGUCCAUAACUUUGUUAUGCAAAACAGGAGUUUAAUAUUAAUUGACAAAACAAAUCCCCUGGAUAAGAUUACUUGUUAUGCUCGAAACCCGACCCCUAGCUCAGUAAACUGUAAUAUUACAUGGCACAAAUGUACCCAAUGAUAAGGCAUUUUUACACAACACCCGACCCCUGGCUGAAAGGUCAAUGCCACAUUUAGAAGUCAAAGAUCAAUAGAUUUUUUCCUGUCCGGUCCAUAACUCUGUAAUCCAUUGAGGUAUUUCAGUUUUACUUGGCACAGAUGUUUAAUAAUAAAAGCCCAUAUCCUUAACAUAAAGGUCAAGGGAACAGCUGGAGGUCCAAGAUCACACGAUUUCUUUUUCUGCUGUCUGGUCUAUAACUCUGUCAUCCAUUAAAGUAUUUUAAUAUUACUUCACAUAAAUGUUCCUCACAGUAAGACAAUGUGAUAUGCGCAAUACCCAGACCCCUUGCUGAAAUGACAAGAUCACACUUGACGGUCAAAAGUCAAAAUUGAUCUGUUCAUGCGUGGUCUAUAAAAGAGUUUAAUGAAAGCUUACUUGUGUGUGUCAUAUGGUUGGGUUUAACGUCGUACCGACACAUUUUAGGUCAUAUGGCGACUUUCCAGCUUUGGUGGUUGCGGAAGACCCCGGUUGCCCCUCCGUGCAUUAUUUCACCACGAGCAGGCACUUGGGUAGAACCACCAACCUUCCGUAAUAAAAAAAAUCUUCAAAAUUACUUCUCUUUCAUAUGAUGGUUUCUUACAAUUUUUCUAAUAUUUGCCAGUUUCAAAAAUAAAUGUUUUUAAAAUUAAAAUUAAAUAAUGAUUUUUAUUUAUAGAUGUUAUAAGCAAUCAUCAAAACUUGAUGUAGAUUUUAUAUAUAAAAAUGUUUGUCCAAAUUUUGUGCUGUAACCUAUUGCAUAUUUAGUACAUCAUUGACAGAUAUCAGACCAUUAUAUUAUACUGUAGUAAAGAAAAUUAACUGCCUUCCAGUAGGUGGUUUUGUAUUGAAUGGCAAUCUUUCAUUCACUUGUUUCUGCUAGUACUCAUAUUUCACGACUUAUUCUUCUGAAAAGCCAGUACUUAGACGGAAGUUAUCUCAAGGAAAUGUAGAUGUUUGGUAUUUGAAUAAAUCCCAGGAAAUGUUUAAAUACGCAUGUUCUUUCUACGUCACUUAAUAUAAUCAAAUUAUACUGAGAUGCCCCAACCCGCUUUAUAAAUCAAUCGUCCUAGAUGUUCACACUCCAUUUUGUCUUCUUGUUUCUUUAUUUUGUAGUGGCUGGCCACUUGCAGACUAUAACGCACACAUUUGUUGCCUCAUAUUAAGAAGUUAUUUAGUUAUUUGUAGUAGUUGAAAGAGGGUUUCUAUGAUUUGAUCUCCAUUUUGGCCACGGAUUGUCAAGUUUUAAACUAGCCCUAGAGUCCAUAUAGAUCAAGUAGAAAAUGUGGUCUCUUGAGUGUUAAAUUAUUUUAAAAAUUAAUUAGCCUAAUGUCCUAGUUUUAGCCUCAUUUGACCCAGUUUCAGAUAUGUUAUAUAUUUCAUGAACUAAAUUCGAAUAGAUCAGGCAGAAAAUAUUGCCUCCGGAGUGAUAACCUAGUAUAGGGGCCUAGCUUUUGAAAAAAAAAACAUUAAUACCAGAAUACAUAAAUACCAGCCUGAGUCAAUAUUAUUUCAGACUCCAAGAACAAAGCACAGUUUCUAUAAAAGAUCGUAAUCACUUUGAUAUUUACAGUUCGUUCUUUUUUUAAUUCAACCGUUCUGAAAAAUGAAGAUAAUAUAAUCGUUUACGUAUACGGCUUUGUUGUUUAUAUUCUUGAUAUUUCUGAAAGGGGUGAUCAAAAUGUCAAUAUUUUACUUUACAUUUGUUUGCUUGAAAUUUUACCAGUAAUUAAAAGCACACUUUUUCAAGGUCUUAUUGGUAAUUAUCACGUGCAAUACUUGAAAUCCGAAUGCUAGUUAUACAGAAUAUGCAACAUAUUUGGCAACAUUUGUAGUCGGAAAAUAAGUUCAAAUUUGGUAAGUGUUUGCCCUUGAAAAACCUGACUGUGAAUGUCUGGUAUUGUAAAAGAAAACCAUACAGGAAUGAAAAAGCUAUGUCCGGAAUUGGAAUAAUCAAGAAUAUACAUGCUAUAAUAAUCUAAUUAUCAAAGACAAAACUUAGAUACUGCAUUUGCUUACUCACUAUUUGUUUCGUUACAAUAUAUAUUUUGCGAACCUAUUUGACGGCCAAAAUAUUAACUUUCUUCACUGCAUUUGUAAUUUGCUUAGUUCGCAAAUAUCGGUUUAAUCAAGAUAAAUGCUCCAAUACCAGCGAACCAUCUCAUUAACAGUUUACAUGCAAAUCUCAGGUUGCAUACGUGAUCAGUCUUUAUGUCAAGGUGGAGGAAAAUGUAAAGUAAACACAUUUCUAAAGAGGGCAAAAUUUGAAUUCAAAACUGUUCAAAUAGUUUCUGUUUAUUUUACACCAACCGACUUAUUAAAAGAUAUUCAAGUUAAAACUGGUUGCAAUACAAGACUGAAUUAUUAUCGGUUUCAAUUCACAUUCAAAAUAAUAAUAAUUGUCUCCCUAUCGAGGACAAAAGCCGCAGCUGUUUUUUUCUUAACUUAAGCUAAAUGGAUACCCAGGUACUUGAAAGAAUAAACUCUUCCGUAGCAAAGUAACUGCAUGGUAUUUAUAUUGUGUUUCAACAAAGACCGUCAGAACUUUCAGAAACGCCUUAUUUUGAGAAAAAUAAAUAUCAAUUCUGAAUUAAAUGAACAAUUUGAUACAAAAGAAAAAUCAUGAAGAAACUUGUUGAUCGACUUUAACAUGAAAUAAUACUUUUUUUUUGUAAUUGAACGCUGUGACUUUUGUGUGAAGGGAAUGACGGUACAUGCCGUAUGAGGACGUACAUAAAUGACGAUAAAUCUCAUAAAGGAAACACCAUAUAAGAAAGAAACAGAAAAUAACAUAGUAUAUGGAAAUAUGCUUAAUUACUAGAAAGUUUAAAUUUAAGCUUUUACGACCAGGGACAUUUUGCAUUAGUUCUAUCAUUCUGUGUUAUCAAUAGCGGGAUAUGAUAAAUGUCAGUGUUAAUUUCUAACUAUACUAACAACGUAGGUACUCAUUCCUCAAACAUUUAUGCAAUUCUUUAACUGAUCCUACCACCGAAGACUGAACAUUUUUUGUCUCGAAUUUGACACUGGUAAACAAUGUUAAUAUAAUGAAAAAAUAUAUAACAAAAUAGCAGAUACGGUCAUGAAAAUGCAUUAACUAAAGAAUAGAAUGGCAUUUAAUAUUACUCUCCUGUCAGCUUCAUGUAUAGCUGCAUUUAUCUAAUCAGUGUUUCAUCUAUAUGUUAUAUAUUUAUUUGUUAUAAAUGUGGCUGUAAUACCAAUGUUCACUUCGUAUUUAUUCUUUUAAGUUUAUGCCUCAUGUAUUUUUAAGAAUGUUUGGAUUGUAAACACUUAAAAUUGUUUUACAGGGCACAACUGUAUAGAACUUUGCAUUGACCUCCGUGUUUAACAUAUCCUAAAGUUACAUUAUUUAACAUACAAAACCGUUUCUCUCACUUUUACGGUUUUCAUUGUAAUCCAUUGUACAUUAAAUAUUUGGUAAAUUUAGGAAGGGGCAACAUACUUGUUAUAAUAACAGGCAAAUAUGUUAUAAAAAGCAACUAUAAAAAAGUGCAGUAGUACAGUUGUUUUUAAUUGUAGCAAGUAACUUGAGCAUUGAAGCAUUCUUCACCAAGGAUUUAUAAUGAAAUAAAAAGGAGCUCCAUUUUCUUUGCAUUUUCGAUGCUUAAGAUAUUUAUUAUUUACAAAUUAUGCAGGCAAAAGUAUAAAUGUAUAUAUGCUCUCUUGGGAUUUACAGCUAACCAGUGACCACGACACUUUCUAUUGUUCCAAGAUUUAUUGGAUUUAAUAUAUGCGUGUGUCGAGUGUGGUAAAAGUCUGCAAAUACAAGAAUGGAAAUCUAUCAAAAUAUGAACAUUUUCUGUUAUACCGUUUAACAAUACGAAAUCUCAAUUAAUUCUAGUUAUUUAAUUAUUAUAUUUAUGAAAGUAUGCAAGUGGCAAUGAAGUUUAUUAACAGUAUUUCUUCUAAAGACCAUUUAUGAAAAUGUACGUAACAAAUAGGGUACGAAUACAUUCCGACUUGAACAAUCAAAUUUUCGCAACAAUAACUAUAUAUACUAUAAAAAGCAAUUAGCUUUGUUGAAACAAUAUCGGUAUGAUUCUAAAGAACCAAACUUACACCACGAGGGGGCAUAAAUGAACCACUAAACUCUGUUGUUGUUUUUUUCCCUGAAUUUUGGAAGAAACCACCUCGUGUUUGAACAGCUGUUUCCGAUAAGAUAAACUCUCCGCAAGAUGAAAAAUUACCAACAAGAAAAAUCUACCAAAAAGAACAAUGCCCAAAAACGCUGGGGGUCAGCACACUCCCCGCCUGAUAUCUCAAGAUAUCACAAUUUUAAUUCAAAGUUGGAUUUCUUAUCCACCUUCACAAUUUUAUAAAAAAACAUAUCUUAAAUAUACGCAUCGUUAGAACAGUCUGUGUAAUAAAUACAUCAGAAGGUUUACACAAAUCCAAUGAAGUGUAUGGCAAUAUUUCUCAAUGCAAGUUACUAUAUGUAUUAAAAUUGCACUUAAUCAAAAAAUACCUAUACAAAAAAAAACAAUCAUUAUAAUGAUAUGACGAAGUCAAAAUACUUAUUAGUUUUGCCAGGCAUUUGGUAUAAUACUGAAAGAGACCUACAGAGUUUUUUUUUUAAAAGAUCAAUGAACGUGAAAUUGCAAAGUUAGUGCUGAAAUGUUUGCACAAACUUUAAAGUUUAUCUACACAUAGAUAAUUCUAAAUUCCUUAGUAGUAUUAUAAUAUAAAGUUAACAUCUCGAGUUCAAACCUACUGCAAAAAAUGCAUACAUUAAGAAACAAUCUAUAGAGAAAUCAACAAAUUAAGGAAAACAUGUUACAUAUAAGGAGUGCAUAAAGUAUGUGUAACACGACUUCUUGCAUUCUAAAAAAACUUGUAAUUAUAUACAUACACAUGUAAUGUAACAGGUUUGAAAGGUUCGGAAUAUUGUAUAUUCUAUAAAUCAUUGUUUAAUAUGCUAGUAGAAAGAUGAUAAACUGUAAUACUUGAAUCUAAAUUGAAAAGCUGAAUUGUCAAACCUGUCACAAAACAUGUAGCCCAAGGGUUAAACAGGUAUACUUAGUUGCUUAUAUCAUUUACUUCCGGGAUCAAAGUUAGAUAUGUUAAGGAAAAAGGCACGACGAAUUGUGUAAUUUUACAUAGCGGCUAGACUGCUUAAUUAAAUAUAUAUGCUGAAAUAUAAUUAUCUACAGUCAGAGAGAGUUAGAUUUAGAGUUAGAGAAUAAGAUGGGUUAUAGAUGCUAGAUUGAUAAGGUCACCUUUACUUAAUGAUAUCUAGCUAAAAUGUUAUGUUUAAAUAUUGAAGACUGUUGCUAUGAUAAAUAAAACUGGUUAAAAGGUUAUGUUUGUUGUAUUGAAUGGCCACGCUACGUUACAACGCGCGUUUCUGGAGCCGCAGACCAGGAUGAACCUUGGGAAUGUUGUCAGGGCACUACGAUGAAGUACGCAAUACCACUAGAUGAUCACGCCGAGAAACAAGGUUAGAAAACUGUCUAUUCUAUUUGCUUGUUAGAUAAUUUAUUUUAAAAUGGCAGACAACGCUUCUAUUCAGCAAAUUUUUCAAGAUUUGGCUAUUCAAUUAAAAAAUGUUUCCACCGCAAUAGGAACUCAGAGCGUACAACAUAUGAUUUCAAAAUUUGAUGGUAAAUCUGAAGAUUUUAAGUCGUGGGUAAAAUCAAUAGAAAAAUAUUCUAUUUUAAAUGAUUUAAAUGAUGAAAGAAAGAAAUUAAUUUGCUAUCAGACUGCAACAGGGCCAGUGUCAGAUUUUAUACAUAGAUUUAUUAACGAAAAUCAAGAUUGUACUUGGGCUGCUUUAAAACAUGCUUUAUUUACUAGAUUUUCUGAGAUACACGACUCACAGCAUGCUUUAUAUCUUUUGCAAAAAAUAAAACAAAAACCUGAUGAAAAUGUAAAUGUCUAUGCUGAAAGAUUAUUAACUUUGGCAGAAGAUGCCUAUGAAAAUCAAGAUCAAGGUCAAAAUCAUAUUGCAAAUUUAGCAGUUAUUCAGAAACAGUUAAUAGGUCAUUUUCUUGACGGGUUAACAGAAAAUUUUCUUAAAAUGAAAGUUAUGCGUGAUUCGCCGGAAACUUUACAGGCUGCAGUUACGUCAGCUAUGAAUGAACAAAAUUUAAGAGAUCGGUUUAAUUUACCAUUGGGAAAUGUUACUUGCCAGCAAAAUAUUUCAGAAAUUUGUCAAAAAGCUAAAGACUUAGAUCACACUCAGCCUCAAAUUCGUUGUCAAUAUUGCCGAAGGCUAGGUCAUAAUGUCAAGCAAUGUAGGACACGUCAGAAAUAUGUUCAUGCAAUAUUAUUACGAAAGAAAGCCACUAGACAUAUGCAGAAAUUAAGCCAAAGUAAAUUUCAAAACAAUUACGAUUGGAAAAAAUAUAUUGAUUGCUGGAAUUGUGGGAAAUUAGGACAUUUUAUGAGAGAAUGUAAGAGUGUAUUGAGACCUAAAAAGAAUAUAUUUAGGCCUUUAAACUAA